AAUUCUGAGAUUCUCAUAAUUGUGUUGGUUGCUUUCAUUAUCGGUAACUUGGGUUACAUUGAAACUUAUACAACUAUGGGUCGCGAUGUUGGCGAGCCUAUAUUGGUCAGGGUGUAUGCACCUAAUGGCAAAGAACAGCGCAAUUAUUUGUGUUCUAUUUAA